CGUUUCUGUGAGCGCGUGGACUGCACCAUCGCAUUCCUUACCCAGGAUACUGUCACCAGCCAUGCCUUUACCCAGUAAGGUGCACCUGUGUUAUGUGUUCUCUUGUAUACCGAUACAACAUUUCUGAUUUUUAACACGAUUUUCACGCUCGAUUGAAGUCCUCGUUUGAAGGAUUUAAAGACAUCGAUGAUGGCUCUGGUGAUGGAACCUAUAAGCAAAUGGACACCCAAGCAAGUGCUGGAUUGGAUGAAAGGCCUGGAUGACUGUCUGCAGCAGUACAUUAAGAACUUUGAGCGGGAGAAGAUCAAUGGGGAGCAGCUGCUCCACAUCACUCACCAGGAGCUGGAGGAGCUGGGGGUCACCCGCAUCGGACACCAGGAGCUCAUCCUGGAGGCCGUGGACCUACUCUGUGCUCUGAACUAUGGAUUGGAGACUGAGAACCUGCGUACCCUAUCCCACAAGCUUAAUGCUUCAGCAAAGAACCUACAAAACUUCAUCACAGGGAGGCGUCGAGGCGGCCAUUAUGACGGCAGGGCCUCCCGCAGGCUGCCCAACGACUUCCUCACCUCUGUGGUGGACCUUAUCGGAGCAGCCAAGAACCUGCUGGCCUGGCUGGACAGAUCUCCAUUUGUCAGUGUGACAGAGUACUCCUUACUAAAGAACAACAUUGUUCAACUCUGCUUGGAGUUAACCACCAUAGUACAACAGGACUGCACGGUGUAUGAGACAGAAAACAAGAUUCUUCAUGUGUGUAAAACACUGUCUGGGAUCUGUGACCACAUCAUCUCACUGUCCUCUGAUUCGCUGGUGUCCCAGUCGGCCCAUCUGGAGGUUGUGCACCUGACCAAUAUCAUGCCCAGCGAGGGCCUGGGAAUGUACAUCAAAUCUACAUAUGACGGCCUUCAUGUCAUCACUGGGACCACUGAGAACUCUCCAGCUGACCAGUGCAAGAAGAUCCAUGCAGGAGACGAGGUUAUUCAGGUCAACCACCAGACAGUGGUGGGCUGGCAGCUGAAGAACCUGGUGAACGCCCUCAGAGAAGACCCCAACGGAGUCAUCCUCACGCUGAAGAAGAGACCUCAGAACACUCUCACGUCUGCCCCUGCCCUGCUCAAGAAUGUACGGUGGAAACCCCUUGCACUCCAGCCCAUCCCCACCAGUCCCAACAGUGACUCCAACACCCCGCCCAACAGCAUGGGGACCAUGGGGAUGUCCUCUACGCUGGACAGUGGCCAUGACGUCUUCAUCUUGUCCCCAGUCUCUGGCCUUUAUGGACACAGAGACGAGAUAGGUAUCAUGUCCUGUGAUGACAUCAACAAAUACAGUCUGGAGAAGAUGGGUAUGAAAGGCUCGGAGUCUCCCAGCUUCUACCUGGACCAUGAUGGGGGCAAAUACUUCACAUUGGUGGAGGAGGACUGCCUGGCCCUGGGGCAGGAGUACGAGACCAGGGGCCGCUCCACGGGGGUCAGGCGGAGGGACAGGACACCCACCCAUGACUCAGACAACUCCCUGCUACGUUACCUGAAUGACGAUAAGAUCCUAGUAAUCCAGGAGGAGCCGGACGUGUCCAGGGAAUGCAAGCGGGACACUGGGCGGCGUACCCGCAAGAAGAGCCACAACCCCAGCAGCCCCAGCUAUCCCAUCAGCCCAUCCUUGCUGGCCCCGCCUGUCAGACUGGACCCAGGACCGCCAGAAGGCCUGCCCUUCUCACUGCCUGAGAGCAACACUGUGCCAAUGUACCACAGAGCUGGAGACACACUGAGAGCUGACACUGACAGGUAUGCUAGUUUUGGCAUCGAGAGACAAGGAGGCUCAUCCAUGAGGAAGUCAUUUCACUAUGCGUCUUUAAGGACUAAGACCAAAAAGAGAACCAAAGGUUCUCUGACUAGCGCCAGUCGCAGGCGUAUCUCCUGUAAGGACCUGGGCCAUGGGGACUGUGAGGGCUGGCUGUGGAAGAAGAAGGAUGCCAAGGGCUACUUCACCCAGAAGUGGAAGAAGUACUGGUUCAUCCUCAAGGACUCCUCACUCUACUGGUACACCAACCAGAAUGACGAGAAGGCUGAAGGUUUCAUCAGCCUACCUGAAUUCCGAAUAGAUCGAGCGAUUGAAUGCAGAAGGAAACAUGCCUUCAAAGCCUGCCAUCCCAAAAUCAAGAGUUUCUUCUUUGCCACAGACUGUUUGGAGGAGAUGAACAGAUGGAUGAACCGGCUGGGGCUGGCAGCGAUUGGCUACACACCCGACGAUAAAGUUUCUCGCCCUGAUGAAGAUUACUGGAGUGAGAGUGACCAGGAUGAGAUUGAUGGUUCUAUGACCCUGAAACAAGAGGGCAUGCUAUCACGCUGUGAUACCUACCACCGCACCCCGUCUGUGAACUCCUCCAGUCCGUUCCCUGAGCGCCACUUCUCCAGUGAGUCCACGUACUCCCACUCCUCUGCUGAGGAUUCCCGUCCGGACGUCCCCGGGAGCACCCACUCCUCCAGCUGCCGCCCCACCCUCCGUGACACCCAACGCCGCUCCUGGCAGGACCUGAUCGAGACGCCUCUCACCAGCUCGGGCCUCCACUUCCUGCAGACGGUGCCGGGGGAGGGUGACAGGGGCGACGGAGGCUACGGCAGUGGCCACAUGGGAAUGGGUCAGCUGCUCAUGUCCCCCGAGCGCCGGCGCCAGGCCACGCUGCCCGCCCAGAGGCGCCGGCAACCUGACAGAGAUGGGCCCUUCCCAUUGGUGGACAUAGAGGAGCGUGAGCAGCGCCUCCACCACUGUACACAUAAGCAGCGCAGCCAGAGCCUGCCCCGGAAUAGGGACGUGCAGGGCACCAAGGGCAGCCUGCGCCCAGCAGGACCCUCAGAAGAGAGGAGUGAGGACGAUGAGGUGCCAUUCAGAAAGCACAACUCCAAAAAAAAACAAGAUUCUCGGUCUAAAGAGCGAGGCCAUGAUCAUGAGGGAGUGGAUGGCUUUCAUGAGCUGUAUCGCUCCAUAGAGCAGGCCAGCCUGUCUGCCCUGGGGGAGCAGAGGCCCUCCACCAAACAGGAGUUCAGACGCUCCUUCGUCAAGCGCUGCAAUGACCCUGUCAUCAAUGACAAGCUGCACCGCAUUCGUGCCCUGCGCAGCACGCUCAAGGCCAAAGAGGGUGAUCUGGCCAUUAUCAGCCAAGUGCUGGACGACCCCGGUCUAAACUCCCAGAAGUUCCAGGAGUGGAAGCAGCAACACCAUGAGCUUUUUGUGGACAUCUGUGAGUUCAGCUCUGCCCCGACAGAGUCUCACCCUGAGGGGUCCGACCUCUCACCCCUGUCUCCACCUCUGAUGAUGCACACCCACUCCUUCAUCGAAACUCACGUUUGAGUGCUCAGAUACAGAGUAACAGGAAGACACUGUGGAAUCAUGCAAUCAUCUCUUUCCCCCACAAUCGUCGAUGCAGCCAGGGUCUACCAUCACCAUUCACAGCAAAUGAACUGACAAACCAAUCACUGUAAUAUGUGUACAUACUGCACUGAGAUCAAACAGAAGAGAGUUACGGUCGGUGUAUAUACUGUAUAUUGGAUAAAAUAAGGCUCCCACGAGGUGCCAUUCUGCAUGUGUGGAGAAACUAUCCUUCUUCAUUAUUAUCUUCAAAACAGAAAAUGCAACAGAUGAUAGAUUGAAAGAGAACUUAACAACAAAAAGAAGACAAGAACUGUUUUUGGCUGAUGCAGUGCAUUUUUUUCUUCGAUUCUCAUUUUUGUUAUUUAUUUCCUUGCUUAAGAGGAAGCAAGCUUUGAUUUUAUUUCAUUUUUUAUUUCCCCUUUAAUGCUGCUUGAAGAGAGAGCUAUGUAGCGACGGGCUAUAGGCAUCAUUCUGAUUACAACAAUUACACCCCCCUACUGGGCCAACAUGUUACUGUGUGACCCUGAGCCCCCAGAAAGAAAGCCUCAAUCUGUGUAAAAGUGUGCGCACUGUAUGUUUGUAUAAGUGUGGAGAGGACAGGGUUGUGUGAGGAAGAGAGAGUGAGAGAAAGAGAUGGAGGUAUUUGGGCUUUUAGUGUAUGGGUAGGGUUUUAUUACACAUUUUUGUUGUAUGUACGGAUGUUGCAUGUUUAACAUGUAUGUAUAAUUAUGUACAUUUUGUUUGACAUUUAAACAAAGUAGUUUAGCCAAACACAGCUCACCGGAAUGACACUUUACAUUUAUUGAUAUGUCUCUUUGUAGCUAUUUUGAUUUUGAUCAUUAUAGCAUUUGUUGGUGAGAUUUAUUUUUGAAAUCAAACAUCUGCAUGGUAGUAAACAUGUACAUGUGGCCAUUGAGGUUGAGAAAUGUGCUAAAUAAAAAUAUUAUAUUGUUUGCAUAGCAGCACCCUCUAUUUAAAACUGUGAACUAUAUACUUGUGAAUGCAAUCUUUAGAUUCUGUGACGACAGAAUCUUUUUACUUAUAUUUUUCUUAGAAAAAGUAUAUAAAAGACAAAAAGCAUUGCGUCUCCUGAAUGACUGUUUUUGCUUCAUUCCACCUGUCACAGAAGUUACCUCCUGAUCUUCAGGGUUGAUUCAGGUCUUGAGUUUUGCUCAUGUAUUCUGUUCCCUUUCUGUGUCUCUGUUGAUUUUAUGUGAAUGUACUGGCUUAUUUUCAAAAGGAUCCCAGAAAUUGUGUCGAAUUGUAUUUGCUUAAGUUGUUUAUUUCUACAGGUUAAGAAGUAGUACUUCAAUGUGUUUGCAUUCCUUCUGCCUAAAAUACAUGAUCAACAACUCAUAACACAUUUUUCAUUUUUAAAGUUUGACAUACUUGGUUGAUUCUUUUUAGGCCUUUUUUCUGGACUUUCUUUUACCUGUGAUGGAAUAUGUAAUUUCUAUCACAUUUCAAUUAUAAUGUUUUUCUUUGUGCUGCUUAAUACAUACUCCCUUAUUCCUGGCAGGAUAUUGACAUUUCUUCAAUUCACCUCCAGUUAUCAUCCAGUGUUGUGUCCUGAUACUUAAAAUGCCUUUAGGUGUCAGUACAUUUGUUAUACAGUAUAAUCUACUUCAAAUUAUACAGUAUGAUUACACAGGCCCUGCAUUGUUUGGCUACAUGUCCUAUUAGACAUUUAGGCUACUAACAUUUAUAAAACAUGUCAGCAGUUACUCUCAAGUUGUUGCUUGCAACUUUCAAAUUUUAUGAAUAGCAGUACAUGUAUUGUAGAAUGUAUUUCAUUUAACCAGAAUGUAAUUGUUCUCACAAUGUUUUAAAACAUUGUACAUGAAAUCUGCCCAAUCUGUCCAGGGUUCCACUGUGUUAUUUUGGAGGUGUGCACCUCAUAGUACAACUGCGCAGGUGUGUAGCUAAGAUGUAAGUUGCACUGCGACAUUAAAAAAAGGAACAUAUUGCUCUUUUUUGGAAGUAUAUUAUUAUCUGUUUAUCUGUACAUUAACUGAUUAAAAAAAGUGUUAUCAAGAAAGAGAAAUACAUUUAUUCUUCCUAUGAAUCAAAAGUAGCCUUUUUGUUUCUCAGAAAUAUAUACAGUACGAGGUUGUAAAACUGAAGUUGUAAAACCAAUAAACUGAAUUACUGCACA